AUGUCUGGAAAUACCCUACCACCCAACAAGCGCUAUAUCUCCGGCCAUAAUGACCAAGGCAGAAGCAUCUACCUCAACUCUCCGGACCAGGCUCUCGCCCAGAUUCCUGGUUUUGGCCAUAUGGCGCGAUCUUUCGCGACCAGCAGUAUACCGGCAAUCAUGGAAAACGAUGUUGAUGUUCGAAACUAUUCCGGUACUUCGAGUGAAGCAUCCUUCAACAGACCGGAUAUCGUCAUCCCAACCGGCGGUGUUAAUGUCGUCGUACUGGAUAUAGCUCCAAGCGGCGAUUCGCACAUGCAUCGGACGCAGAGCAUUGAUUUCUCGAUCUGCGUUAUUGGUGAAAUCGAGCAUGAAUUGGAUGGAGGGGAGAAAGUCACGCUAAAGCCUGGGGAUCACAUCGUUCAACGUGGUACGAUGCACAAGUGGAAAAAUGCCUCAAACACUGAACCAGCAAGAGCUGUCUGUGUGAUUGUUCCUGCUACAUCUUUUGAGAUCCCGGGUACCGGGAAGAUGCUGGUGGAAGAGCAUUUAGGCCGCGUGCCGGGCCAGUAA